UACCAUUCUUGACAUUACCAACCACCCUUUGCUCCUUUGCCUUUACCAUUGCCAUUACCAACUACUCUUUGCUCUCUCUCUCUCUCUCUCUAUAUAUAUAUAUAUAUAUAUAUAUCAUAUUCUUCCAUUCCUUCUUCACUAGUUUUUCUUUUUUUGUGGGUUUCGACUUUAACAAUCAGUUCUGGCGAAUCAAAUGGCAAAAGAAGUUGUUAAUCCCGAUGAACUGGUUGUUGUUGGAGAGGAAUUAGACCAUGUAAGAAUCAUCACUUUGAACAGGCCUCGACAUUUGAAUGUCAUCUCAUCCAAAGUGGUCUCCCUGCUAGCUAAAUACUUAGAACAAUGGGAAAGAGAUGAGCAAGCUCAGCUUAUACUGAUCAAGGGAGCCGGGCGUGCAUUUUCUGCUGGUGGAGAUUUAAAAAUGUUCUAUGAGGGAAGGAAAUCAAAGGAUUCCUGCCUUGAAGUGGUCUAUCGAAUGUAUUGGCUUUGCUAUCACAUUCAUACUUAUAAGAAAAUUCAGGUUGCUCUGGUUCAAGGAAUUUCAAUGGGAGGUGGUGCAUCAUUGAUGGUCCCGAUGAAGUUCUCAGUUGUAACAGAAAAAACUGUCUUUGCAACACCAGAAGCAAGUAUUGGGUUUCAUGUGGACUGUGGUUUCUCAUACAUGCUUUCCCAUCUCCCUGGCCAUUUGGGGGAAUAUUUAGCUUUAACCGGGGCUAGGUUAAAUGGUAAGGAAUUGGUUGUAGCUGGACUAGCAACCCAUUUUGUCCCUCUUGAGAAACUUCCUGAGCUUGAGAAGCGUCUGAUUAGCUUGAACGUUGGUGAUGAAAACUCUGUCAAGGCUACAAUUGAGGAAUUUUCUUUGCAUGUGCAGCUUGAUGAAGACAGUAUUUUAAACAAGAAGCAGAUAAUUGAUGAAUGUUUCUCAAAGGAUUCUGUUGCAGACAUUAUAAAAUCAUUUGAAGUGGAGGCGAGCAAAGAGGGUAAUGAAUGGAUUGGUCCUGUACUGAAAGGGCUGAAAAGAUCAUCGCCAACAGGAUUGAAAAUAACAUUGAGAUCGAUUCGUGAAGGGAGGAAGCAAACUCUGGCUGAAAGCCUGAAGAAAGAAUUUAGACUAACAAUGAAUAUAUUACGGACCACAAUCUCUGCAGAUGUCUACGAGGGUAUCAGAGCCCUCACCAUUGACAAGGAUAAUGCUCCAAAGUGGGACCCACCAAUUCUUGAUCAAGUGGAUGAUGAGAAGAUAGACCUAGUAUUUCAGCCAUUUACAGAGGAUUUGGAGCUCAAAGUUCCAGAACAGGAAGAUUGCAGGUGGGAUGGAAAAUACGAGAACUCAGCAUACGCAAAAUGAAAGGACUGAGAGAUGAUACGGAUGAAGUACAAGAAAAAGUUCAUGGUUAGGAGCUGCUGCUUUCCCUGAAACACUACUUUCACCAUGGAGGAAAUCUCAUAUCUUUAGAUAACAGCUUUUUGUAUCCACUACCGGGUUCAUUUUCUGUGUUUAACUUUCGAAUCUUUACUCUUUGAAUAAAGGUAUUAAUUUACUUAAA